CGCCGCCCAUUAGAUGCGUCAGAGGCGUGACGUUUGUGAUUUUCUGGUAAUCGGUGAAAUGUGGAUUUUGUCCAGGUAAUUUUAUCAUCACGCAUCUAGAUUUGUCUAUGAAAUGAAAUGGGAUAUAAGCUUAUUGCAUCACAUAUUUCUCUGAAGCAGAUCUGAGUUGCUCUCAGUCCCAGGAAGAGUGAGCGGAGUGCGGCUUGCACUAUGAGCGGGGCAGCGCUGGGAUUAGAGAUUGUGGUUGUCUUUUUCCUGGCUCUCUUUCUCCUGCAUCGCUAUGGAGACUUUAAGAAGCAGCAGCGCAUGGUUCUCUUUGGCACACUGCUGGCUUGGUAUUUGUGCUUUCUCAUCGUCUUCAUUCUCCCCCUGGAUGUCAGCACGACAAUCUACAAGCAGUGUUUAAUUGAUCAAGAAGCACAUGCCCAGACGCCCUCUGUGAGUCCUGUCCUUUCAAACCAGACGACUCCAAAUACCUCUGUCUCAUCCAGUAUAAGCACUCAACAUGUUUGCUAUAAACCAUGGAGCUACAUUCCAGAUGGCAUCAUGCCAGUGUUCUGGAGGGUUGUUUAUUGGACCUCACAGUGUCUUACUUGGCUCCUUCUGCCAUUCAUGCAGUCAUAUGCUCGCUCUGGUGGAUUCUCCAUUACUGGAAAGAUCAAGACGGCCCUGAUUGAGAAUGCCAUCUAUUAUGGCACAUACCUUUUCAUCUUCGGCUCUCUUCUCAUCUAUGUGGCUGUGCAUCCUCAGUGGCACCUCUCCUGGUAUGAGCUGCAAACCAUCGGCAUCACUGCGGCCAACACUUGGGGUCUGUUUCUUCUAGUGUUGCUGUUGGGCUACGGCCUGGUCGAGAUCCCCCGCUCAUACUGGGAGGCCUCACGCCAGGGUCACCUCCUCAUCAAGACUUACUUUAAAGCAGCCAAGCUCAUGACAGAGAAGGCAGAUUCAGAGGAGAACCUAGAAGAUGUCAUGGAGGAAGUGAGAAAAAUCAAUGAAUCGAUCAAAUAUAAUCACCCAUUAAGGAAGAACGUGGACACCAUUCUCCGAAAGUGUCCAGUUGAAUAUCAGGAGAAAAUGGGCAGGAACAUGGAUGACUAUGAGGAUUUUGAUGAUAAACAAAACACAUAUCCCACUGAAAGAAGUCUUUCGAAAUUACACAAGCAGGUGAUCUACGCAGUGCAGCGGCAUAAUCGCACACGAGUUCAGUGGCAGAUUUUGUUAGAACAGGCUUUCCAUCUCGAGGACGUUGCCAAGAACGAAACCAGCACCUCUCGGCAGUUCGUUCACAGCUUUGCCCCUGCAGAGCCUGUAGGCUGGUUUAGACGCUACAUUUAUACUCCCACAGUAGAAUGGUACUGGGAGUGUUUGCUGAAGCAGUGGUUUUACCGUAUGCUGGCUGUGGUUCUGUCGCUCUUUUCGGUGGCUGUGGUUUGGUCGGAGUGCACUUUCUUCAGUACUCGUCCUGUUCUGUCACUCUUUGCGGUGUUUAUUCAGCUUGCUGAGAGAGAUUACAACUAUCUGUACAUUGAGAUGGCGUGCUUCAUUACCAUCUUCUUCCUCUGCACCUGCGUCUACUCCACUGUGUUUCGCAUCAGAGUCUUUAACUACUACUACCUGGCCUCACAUCACCAAACCGAUGCCUACAGCCUGCAGUUCAGUGGCAUGCUUUUUUGCCGCUUGACUCCCCCACUUUGUCUAAACUUCCUGGGACUGAUUCACAUGGAUUCUGCCAUAUCCCACCAAGCAAAGGAGCAGACGGCAUACACCUCUAUCAUGGGUUCCAUGCGGGUCCUGUCCUUCAUUGCCAAUGGCUUCUACAUAUAUUACCCAAUGCUGAUCGUCAUUCUCUGUAUUGCUACAUACUUCAGUCUUGGUACACGUUGUCUGAACCUCCUGGGUUUCCAGCAGUUUGUGGGAGAGAAUGAAAUGACUUCUGACCUCAUAGAUGAAGGCAGAGAACUCCUGCGCAGAGCUCUACAACCUGCAGUGGUGAAAACCUCAGUGCGUCAGAGGGAAAGAAGAAAGCGGCAAAGAAUAGAAGAUGGAGAGAACAGACGAAGAGAAUGGAGAGAACGUUAUGCUCAGCGAGAUGAGGUUGCUGCUAGAAACCAAACCUCCAUAUCUGAGAUGAAGGAAACCAACUAUGGUGAAACCCUAAAUUCAAACACAAACCGACAGGCCAAGUACACACGUAGCAGCAACCAGUCAGGACGAGACAGCAUUGAGUUGUUGCAAGACGCUGAGCCAUUGGACUUCAAUGCUGAAACACUCACUGAUGACCCUUUACAAUCUGACCCUGGCAGACAUGUCGGUGGAAGGUACCUCUCCAUGUCGUCUUCUCGAAGCCGAAUCUUUGAUGAUGUUUAAUGUUUCUUUUUGGCCAAAAACACUGUCUAGGAGAAAAUAAGAUGAAUUUUAUCUCUAAAAACACUCAUCUCUACAGCUGUGGUCUGUCCCUCUCAUUUUAAACAUCUUCAACUUCCUGUAUCCUGUAAUGCAGUGUAGUUAUCUGCAUGCAUCCUGAUGAACUCGCAGCCACAUAGAGAAAUGCACAUACUCAUUUUGAAGUGCCAGGCAGUCAGACUGCUGCAUGUGAAACAUGGGAAAUGUUUUUUUUUUUUCUUUACUCACAGUUUCUUUACUUCAUUUCAAGAAAUGAGUCAUAGUUAAUGUAAAGUUGAACAGUCAGAACACACAGAUGAAAGUUACUACUGAAAGACAGGAUUAGCCUGACACUACUGUUUCUUAUCUUUUGAACUGAGUCCUGGUGUAAUUUAGUUUUAAGUAUCCCCCCCCCCAUUAUUUCUAUUCUUUUAUAUAUUUAUGGUAUGUAAAGCUGUAUUAUUUAUGUCUUUUGGUUUUAGAUAUUCACAUGGCUGUUAUUCUUUAGACCUUGCACAUCUUAUUUAAAAUGAAGUUACCUUAUUUUAGCAGUAGUCUUAUGGAUGAAUGUCUGAUAGGCCAUUUGUAAUUCGCACUGUCAUUUUUGUCACUUAUUCAGAAUAGGCAAAGCUAUUGAAAUAGCUUUAAGGAUGUGAUCUGAUUGUUUAAAAAAUGGGGUCAGAUUUAAUGGAUUACAACAUGUACUUACAUGCUGGUUUACCAGACUUAUAAGCAUCUCUUUAUCACAAGUGCAGUUUUCUCAUAGAAAACACUUUCAGUAUACAAACGUGUUGAAGGAAUCUGCUUAGCAACUACAUAAGCUUAUAAAAUAAGACUAGUGAGUGCAUGGCAAGAUGUGAGGGAAUCACAUUUUUUAAUUCUCCUUGUCCAUCAAGCAUAUCCAAUGUAAAUGUUUGCAUGAUAUAUUGUACUGAAUAUGCUGAGGAGUCUUAUUCUUGUUUCUCACAGGAAGUGCAGUAGCAGCUCUGAGUAGUGUUAUAUUUCACUGUAAACGUUUGUCUAUUCUCUCCACAAGUGUUUAAUAUCACGGUUUAAUCUCAGAUUAAUGUAUUUUCUUAGUAAAUGUAGCCCUUCAGGUUUAAAUAAAUAAGAAGGGCAUUUUUCUUUUUGUCCAUACCUUUUUGUUUAUUGAUAAAGUUAUUCAUUAUAUACUGUGUAUUUAUGAAGAUAUGAAUUAUGUUGCCAAUGAGGUGUAAUCUUGAUAUGGUAUUUUGAUAUGGUCAGUCCUCAAGUAGUGUGUUGAUUGAAGGCCAACUGGAAUCUGAUGCUGGAAUCUGUUGAUUUGUAUAUUUGGUGUAAGUGAAUUGUGGUACAUUCCAAAUGGACACAUACUUAAUGUAAUCUUGCAGUUAUUAAUAAAUUAUUUAUUAAAUCA